CAAUAAGGUUCGGGCAGCCAAGGUGGAGGAUGGGAGGGGAAUGGAACUGUCCCAGCUCCUCCGUGAGAUCAGGGCAAAGUAUGAAACGCUCAUCACCAGAAAUCAGAUAAAGACCAUCAUCUCAGCAAGGACCCAGGUAAUGACUUCAUGCAGACAUACACCUUCCAGAGUAAGGAGACAAGCCUUGUCUGUACAAUUCCUCCCUCGGCCUCUAUGAGUAUAUAUAUAUAUAUAUCCCCUGUAGCUAGAAGCAGCUACAGUUAAAAGAAUGGACAAAGAUGCAGAAGCGUUAAAGGCAGCCAGAGCAGAACUCUGUGAAGCCAGGCGGCAGUGGCACCAUAUGCAGAUCGAAAUUGAAUCUCUCCAUGCUGUGGAAAAGGGUUUGGAGCGUUCAUUGCGUGCCACAGAGCAGCAGUACCACAUGCAACUACAGAAUUUAGAAGCUGAGAUUGAAUGUUUAGAGAAAGAGCUACAGGAAGUGAGAAGAGGUAUUGAGAAGCAGCUUCGAGAGCAUGAAAUUCUCCUGAACACUAGGAUGAAACUGGAGGAGGAAAUAGCAACGUACCGCAGUCUGCUUGAACAGGAAGAGAGCAGGUAUCGUUGCUCUAUACCUAAUCAAAAGGAUGACAAAAAGCCUACCACUAGCAAGAUUACCUUUAUGCUGCCUUCAAAUGGUGUAAAGAAGCAUGAAACUGAGAAGGUGGAAUUGAUGACAAAACAAGCAGUCCUAGAUGGAAAUAUUAUGAAGGAAAGUGCUGAAGCUCAUGGCACUAUACAAACAGAAAAAGUGGAUGAAGUUAUUAAAGAAUGGGAAGGUUCUUUCUUUAAGGACAACCCACGCUUAAGGAAAAAAUCAGUUUCACUGCGCUUUGAUCUCCACCUAGCAGCAACCGAUGAAGGAUGUUUGCACACUAAACAGAAAACUCUUCCAGACAUUGAAGUCAGGCUGGUAAUGAGGAGGUCGUGCAGUAUCCCUUCUAUCAAACCUUAACCUACAGCAAACUAACCCAAAGUUCAUCCUUAACGGGCUCUGGAAAUAAACUGUAGAUGGACUUAUACGGCCUCCUUCUGUCUUGCCACAGCUAUGAAAUCUUACUAAGUACUUUAACACAACAAAAACAUACAAGUCUCUUAAAAGAAAGGGAGAAGAGCAAGGGAGUUAAGAUUCCAAGAAACCUAACUUCUACUAGUUUUAUACUCUGGGUACAGUCCUUUCAUUUUCUCAUUAUUGUUGUUGUUUUGUAGUAUUUCUCCAAAUAUUAAAAAAUUAAACUAUGACUUUAUACUUUGACAUAUUCUGUCUUUGUAAGAGAGAACUUGUUUUCUCCUUCUGGAAAUGAGAACUGCAUAUUUCAUUCUCUUAUUCAAUAUUGCAUAUGUACAAUGACUAAUGAAACCUUGCAAUAAUUUAUAUCACAACUGUCAUAUUUGAAAUAUAUUUUAAAACACUUUCUAAUAGCAAAAAAUUACAUGCAAUGAUGUUCUUAAACUAUUCACAACAUGUUCUUUUAAAAGUAGCUGGUAUUUUAAAAUAUUUUUAGACAAUAACUGAGCAAAAAUUUCUUUCCCUUAUCACACAGACAUUUCUUAAAAGUGUUGUUGCAAACAAAUAUUUUAGCCAUAUUGUUCCACUGACUUUCAAGCAGUAAUUUCUAUCAAAAACCAAUCAUUAUCUUAUUGGUCCAUGACCAUCUGUACUAUGACUUUCUUAACUAUAUCAAGUAAAAUUAUACCCCUUAACUGUUCAAAAAUAAGGAGUCAAACAACAUUUAUUUUUUUUUAAUACUGGUAUUUCAUUCAUUUUUGUGUGCUACAACAACAUGAAUUAAAAUAUCUUCAACAAAUUCCUGUUUGGAAAAUCUUUUAGGUAAAUUGUGCUUUUGAUCUCGUACAUAUAGCAAAUCAGUAAUACACUGGGAUACAACUACUAUGGCUACAAUUGAACGGACAAAGCAAGGGCUACUUAUUCAAAGUAAAAUUCUACCAAACCCAUUAAGUACCCCCUACUACUACUCGAAGUAGCUAAGGACACGUACAAAGUGCAGUAGAUGAUCUUGCAUCUGUACACAGAAAAAACAGAAAUACAAACUCAAACAUACCUUAUGACAUUAUGAGACAAAUUUUAUUAAAAAUAAAUAAUGGUAUUAAUGUAAGAACGUUUGUUUUCAAGGAUCUGUAAGAGGUAUGGACGUCACAAGCUCUCACUGACACCAUUAGGAUUGCAGGGGCUCAAAAUCCACAAAAAACAUACACAGUAUUCGCAGGAUCCACAGCAUGUAAGAUUUAAUUUGUCAGUAAUUGCCCUGUUACUUACGGCAUGUGUUAAAAAACUGAUACUGCAAAUUCCUCCACUGUUAAGUUAUGCUUCUAUCUUCUGUUAAUGGUAAGAACAAUGCAUUUAUAUUGUCCAUGGUUCUAUACCUACUGUAUAAAGCUGGCUAAUUAUCAUUAACCUUAAAACUAAUCUGGUGUUGUUAAUACUUGAGUAUUUGGCAUCCUGAAUGUAACAGCCUGCCCUAGUACUUUCACUAUGCAGCAUUUUUUUUGUGCUUAUAAUAUGUACAUUUUACGAUACUUGAAUUUAAACUAAGUUUUAAUUGCUUUCAGGCACUUUAAACAGGGAUACAAAUUUACCAAAGUAAAUGAUAGUAAAAUAAUAAAAAUAGUAAUAAAACUGAGUUUGCCCAUGCA